AUGUUUGGGGGGCAUCGACAGAUGGAUGGCAACUCGAGUGUGCUGAGCGUCAUUUACAAUGGGUGCUCGUGUGUACUGGCGCUUCUGGUCGGUGUAGCGCUGAUGAAGCUUUUACGUAACUAUACGCGGAAAAAAGGAUACAUUGAGAUACAGCAGGACGACCGUGCUAUGUAUUCGAGCGCGCUCAUGGGUACUUCGGAUUCGUGGGAGAACGUGUGUAUUGUGGAUCCUAGUAAAAACCGAUCGUAA